CAACGGAAACAACCGCCCAGCCAUAAGGCACGACAGUCAUGUGAUCCGCCUGGUCUUUGCCGCCGGUUGAUUCACCGGCCAAAAUUGAACCACCUUUAGGACUCGCAACAAUGGGCCGAAUAAGGCCGAGAGACGGAACACUGCAAAUCUGAUCUUUAGUAUGAAACAUUAUGACUCUUACGCAACCUGAUCUCUCCGUUCUCUCCGACCGAGCGAUUGACAUCGUCUAGAACGAGACGUCCUCUGACAUCAUUAGCUACAUACAAACCCGGUCCCUAGUCUUAGAUGAAAUAGCGACGAACACGCAACCCCAUUAUCAACUUGAACGCUCAAGAUUGAAGAACCGCAGCUGGCGCGAUAUUCGAUAUUCGAUCAACGGCGAACCGCGAAUUAUUGUCCUGUUCCAGGGCUGCCCUCAUUGGAACAUCCUUUUACCUCACCUUCUUUCUCAUUUUGGUGAUCAUCAACCCCAGGCUUCUUAUAGAACAUGGUGGCACCAUCCCUGGAAAGAGAUGGCAACGGAAAUUCCAGAUUCCGAGGAUGCACCAGCAUUCGUGAUUUCGAGUUCCUAGGAAAACUUGGGGAGGGUACUUUUGGAGAGGUGUAUAAAGCACGAUCAAAAAGGGAUGGCUCAACUGUUGCCCUCAAAAAGAUUCUCAUGCACAAUGAAAAGGAUGGAGUAGGUAGUAGCCAAGCUCGCGUCUUCUGCUGCUAAUGUCUAUACAAAAGUUCCCGAUCACUGCUCUGCGUGAAAUCAAGCUUCUUAAAAUGCUCGCCCAUAUUAAUAUUCUCCAGCUGAGGGAGAUGGCUGUGGAGCGAAGUAAAGGUGAGGGGCGAAAGAAGCCGAGCAUGUAUAUGGUAACGCCCUAUAUGGAGCAUGAUCUUUCCGGGCUACUUGAGAACCCGGCAGUCAGUUUUACUCAGCCGCAAAUAAAGUGCUACAUGCUACAAUUGCUUGAAGGCCUUAAAUAUUUGCAUGGGAAUCGUAUCUUGCAUCGUGACAUGAAAGCUGCGAAUCUGCUCAUCAACAACAAAGGCAUACUACAAAUUGCAGACUUCGGACUGGCCCGACCGUACGAUGAGGACCCACCUCAGCCUGGGAAAGGUGGAGGGGAGGCCAAGAGGGAUUACACCUCUUUAGUCGUGACUCGGUGGUAUCGCCCACCGGAAUUGCUGCUACAACUGAGACGGUACACCACGGCUAUAGACAUGUGGGGCGUCGGGUGUGUUUUUGGGGAAAUGUUUAAGGGGAAGCCGAUUCUUGCCGGCAGUAGCGACUUGAAUCAAGCCCAACUUAUAUUCAGUCUUGUGGGAGCGCCCACAGAGGAGAACAUGCCUGGCUGGAGUUCUUUGCCCGGUUGUGAGGGUGUCAGAGCUUUUGGUCACAAACCUGGGAAUUUGCACGAAGUCUUCAAAGACCAGAGCCCCGCUGCUAUUUCACUGCUUGGUGAACUUCUCAAAUUGGACUGGCGGAAAAGGAUAACCGCUAUCGAUGCACUGGAACAUCCAUACUUUUUCACUCCGCCUCUUCCAGCUCGCCCCGGCGAGAUACCCCAUUUUGAAGAUUCACAUGAACUGGAUAGAAGAAGGUUUCGUGGACAACGAGCGGCUAUGCCACCAGCCCCCGCGGGCGGAUCUGUGGGCAUUGGGCCAAACGGAGGCUGGGCAACAAACUCCGGAGCCAGGCCUGCAAUGGAAACCAAAAACAGUCGCAUCCCUGGCGCUGCACGCGUGGGCAAACCAAGUUACGGAAACCAGGGGGGGCAUUCAAGGUGGUCUCUGGACCAUCGAAAUACUGAACCGCAUGCAGCACGAGCAAGGCAGGGUACCGAGGACUCAACUCGGGUGGUUCCGCCCUGGCAAAGAGACAGUGGUCUCCCGCCUAAGCCCCCUACGUCUGCUCACCAACCAUGGGCUGCAGUUCAUUCAAGUAGACCAGCACGUGAUAGCACUAUUCAUCCGGGACGAUUCGUGGGCCGCUCAGACGGGAAUCUAGACUCCUAUGUCCCCAACUACCCAGGUGGCUUCGACAGUCGUAAUCGUGAGGGCGAGGGUACUAUCUCAAACAGCAACCUGGAUCGAGAUUGGGAUCGACGCAAUAACAGGCAUGAAACGUCACGUCAAAUGAACCGACGAGAUUAUCCGAGGGAAAACAAUCCCCCAAGAAGGCGAAGCCGAAGUCCAGCUUUUAGGGAAGGAUUCCAUACAUCGGAUAGACCACCAUACCGAAGGUGAAGCGGGUAUAAAUAAUAUCAAAGUUUCCCAUAUAAAGGAUUUAAGGUUGUGUUGAGCACGUAAACUGAUUGGACGCUAGGACUUUAGCCUAGCGCCUUACUGAAUUGCUUUUAGAAACAUAUCAAGGACAAUCAAAGUGUUGAACAUUGCCCCAAGAUAGCUGCCUACAUUUCCUACCAAUCAAUUAGCACCAUCCGAGCUUCCAUAUCCACGAUUCCAUGAUAAUCGCCCCAUCGUGCUGGACGGUAGACCGGUGUCGUUGAGAAAAUCCCACCAGCGCACCAAUAUCGGCGGGUCAGGGUCACUCCAUAUUUUUCUGGUGUUCCUUUCUUUACAGUUUAAUGUUUUCCCCGGACAAAGAUACACCAUUUAAUACAAGAUCCGAGUCAUAAUGCGCG